AGUCGCCACGCCACACUGACAUUCCGAUAGUAGGACUGAUAACAAUUUUCUAUUGAUGAUUUUUUUUUGCUGACCCUUCAAUUGGUGCUUAGUGUUCGAAGUUUGAAUGGACUGAUCCGAGCUGUGUGACAUUAUUGGUUAUUAUCUACGAAACUUGUUUGUUAAAGUGAUAAAGUGAAGUGUUGUGGUGGUUUUUAAUGACUAAACAGUGGUGUUGUUGACUGUACUUUUGAAACUGAAUCUGAAGUUUUUAUACCAUGACACGGCGAUUACGACCCAGAAGAAUAAUAGGAUUUAGAAAUCGAUACACAUUUUAACUCGAUGCGUUCCCAAAAAUGUUGACAUAUGCAGCGAGACGAAAAACGAAUUCGUCUCGUGAAUGAUCCCAAGUACAGUCGCGCACAUCGGCAGCGAUGCAAGAGAUAUGCAACACCGCCGCCCUGCCACUUGACACUAACCCGCUAGUGCGCAAGAUAAAAUGCGAAGAGUUUCCUAUCAGAGGAAAGCAAGCUGUUAGAGUGGGCAUGGGGGUACGCGAUGAGAUGGAAGAGGACUUCGCGGUGAAGACGAGGAAUACGCCACCGAUGGGGCCCGCGGGGGAGCAUCCGCGGAUGGAACACGGCGGCAACGGCUUCUGGCUCGCCGCCGUCACGGCCGCCGGGGCGCCGCAUCCAAUGCUGGAGACCUGCACCGAAACCGGUUUCAUCAACAGCCAACCCUCCAUGGCUGAGUUCAUGACCGCACUCCCUCAGUUAGGGGCGGGAGAGCUCAGCCCGCAGCACACUCCGCCAGGAUACCCUCCCGACCUCCCAUCGCCUGGAGGAGGACUCAACGUCCCAGAGUACCCUUGGAUGAAAGAGAAAAAAACGACAAGAAAAAGCAGUCAGCAAGAAAAUGGCCUGCCACGGAGGCUGCGGACUGCGUACACAAACACCCAGCUCCUGGAGCUAGAGAAGGAGUUCCAUUUCAACAAGUAUCUGUGUCGACCGCGACGCAUCGAGAUCGCCGCGUCACUCGACCUCACUGAAAGACAGGUGAAGGUCUGGUUUCAAAACAGACGAAUGAAACACAAAAGGCAGACGCUCAGCAAAAGCGAGGACGGUGAUGACAAAGACUCCACGACAUCCGAGGGCGGCAAGAGUUCAAAGACCGGCCUUGACAAAUUCCUGGAUGACGACGGCCCACUCUCUGGCAAGAAAAGUUGUCAAGGAUGUGAGCUACCCCCUGGCGCAUUGUGUUCCCCAGCAGAAGACUUGCCAGAGCUCGCCUCACGUACUCGAAACAACAACACACCCAGUGCAACAAAUAACAACAGUUUCGCCAGCGACGGAGCUUCAAGCGUCGCCUCAUCUUCUUCCCUUGACAAAUUAGCUGAAGAUGACUCGAGGGACGCCCACCCGCCCGUCAAUGCAGUGCCUACAGCCCCUAGGAGCUUAGCGAAGAGAAUUAAACAAGAAUCACGAAAACGUUCGCCUUCAUUAGACGCCAAAGUCUCGCCGUCUUCCUCUAAAGAUGGCCUCGGUACAAUCGCGGGACUACCGGAUGGCGCGAAAUAUUCAUCUGUCAAUUUGACCCCGUCAUCCACACCGGGCACAACGUCCAGCAUGCAUCAGAGUCCCCUUGGUCACUAUCCGCGACCCUCACCUCCGAAUGCGCCUCCAGGUCCGCCUCAUCCCCAAGCCGUGCCCAACGCAAUGCCGCCAUAUGUCAUUAGAGGGAACGCCCCUCCUGGUCAAUUUGUACCUCAUCCUGAUUUCCGCAUGGAUUCAAAGCAAUUUGUGGGCAAAUUGGCACAAUACCCACAAGGUAACCGAAGCUACGAAGGUUAUGGAUCAGCAAUACAAAGUGCUGAUCAACACGUUUAUGGAAGAAAUCAGCAUGCUAGACAGCAGGAUGGAUCACCAGCCAGGCCUACAAAUGGAAUAGGAUCGAGACAAGCGUACCCACACGAAAUGUAUCAAAACUACGGCUACCCAGCUUAUGGCAAGGAUCAAGUGGGUUAUGGACAUCCCGGGUACGACCAAUCGCAAGGUUAUGGUGAGCAUAUGGCGUAUCCUAACAGCCAUUACGGCUAUCAUUACCACGAUGGCCAGCACGAUCAUUCACAUAACUACUAUGGAACAGAGGGACAGAAAAAUGCGCAUGGGAAUGAAUAUACGAAGAACGCGUAUUAUGACGCAAACACGUAUGGUGCGCAGCAGGCCUCGACAGCGUCGGGGUACAGCGCCGCAGCUGGGAAUUCCCAGAGUGGGGGCUCUAAUGAGGCUUACGGCAGCACUGCCGCGGAAUGCGGAGACGGCUACGGCUCGUUCCAGCAGUUCUACGAGGCCACGCACGCCGCCCCCGCUGGGGACAAUUCCAACUCCUCCUCUGACUUCCACUUCCUUAGCAAUCUUGCUAACGACUUCGCCCCCGAGUACUACACCAUUUGAGAUAAGGAUUUCGCCGAGCAGGCGAGCGAUCUGUUCGUGUAAUACCGAUUAGCACGAUAAUUCUCUACAUUGUUUCCGAGGAAGGACGUAUGAAUAUAGACAGAUAUCCACAAUAUAACAAAUGCUGUGCGAUAAUGGUUAAGAAAGGCAGUGUUUCUGAAACACAUUGAUUUAUUGUUUUUUAAACAAUAGAUAGAAAUAAAAUAAAUUGUUGCAUAAUGGAAUGUAUUGAUAAUGGCCAAGUACGUGUGAACACCAUGGUGUCUCUUUUUAUGUCGUUACACAGAUAUAGAUACAGACAAUCAUAUUAGAGAUUGAAUAAAAGUGCUGUUGAGUAUUUGACCAUGUACGAGAUGGAUCGAUAUUGUCAAGAUAUACGCCAAAGGCGAGGUACAAGUCUUUGUACCGAUAAUAACUAAACGUUGCAUUAAAUUAUGAAAUAAUGUAAUUAACUGUAAAUAAUUAUUUAGCUUUUACUUUUAACUAUGAAUAUUUUUACUGAUAUUGUACACGACUUAAAAUUAGGUGCUGAUAUCAGUCAAUAUUAGAAGAAAUUAAUAGAAACGGCUCUUACAACCUCUUCCAGUAAGUAAAACUUGUAUGAAGAUUAGCAUACACAACAGAAUAAAAAUGUGUAAACAGAUUUGCUAUAAAUAGAGUAUCAUUACAGCUUAUAAAUACUAUUUGCAAUGUAUGUAUUAUUUGUAAAGCUGAUAUCAAUGUAAAUUAUAUUCUAUUACAUAUAUUUAAAGUUUAUCUUGUAUCCAAACACCUUUUCACGUGUUCAAUGUAAGAAUUAUUCAAAUAAAAAUUAAUUUGAUUUAUUACACAUAUAGAAAUUGUUUACAAACUUAAGGAAUAGUCGUUGCCUUAUUUAGUUAAUAUUGUUUUGUGACUAUAAAACAUAUUGUAGAUACUUAAAUAAUAUAGUUUAAAUAAGUCAUUAUAUUGUAGAUAUCAGCGCUAUCAGUUUGGCCUAUUAAAAAAUAAAUCAUUUUGGU